GUUGGGGGCGUCCCGCAUCUAAGGCAGGAAGAUGGUGGCCGCAAAGAAGACGAAGAAGUCACUGGAGUCGAUCAACUCUAGGCUCCAGCUGGUUAUGAAAAGUGGAAAGUACGUGCUGGGGUACAAACAGACUCUGAAAAUGAUCAGACAAGGCAAAGCGAAACUGGUCAUCCUCGCCAACAACUGCCCAGCCUUGAGGAAAUCUGAAAUAGAGUAUUACGCCAUGUUGGCCAAAACUGGUGUCCAUCACUACAGUGGCAAUAAUAUUGAAUUGGGCACAGCAUGUGGAAAAUACUACAGAGUAUGCACACUGGCUAUCAUUGAUCCAGGUGAUUCUGAUAUUAUUAGAAGCAUGCCAGAACAGACUGGUGAAAAGUAAAUCAUGUACAAUUUUUCUUUAAUAAAACUGGCCAGAGCUUGUUUUAAAAACACUGUA